UUAGAUUUUAAAUAAAUUUUACUGAAAUUUCUGAAUCAAAGUUUAAAGUAAAGUAUAAUUACAAGCAAAAUUUGUCGUGACAAAAUAAUUCACUUUUGUUACAAUAAAUAAUUGGACCUGGUAUACAACAGGAUUGGCGGCGAUAAAAGGCAUGAUGAUGGGCGGCAUGUCUAUGAUGAUGUUGCUGAUGCAGAAAUUCGGAAAGGGAGGAGGCCCUUGGCAAGGUGGAGGCGGCCCUUGGCAAGGAGGCCAGCUCAAAGAGAUCGUGCUUCUUACGAAAUCGUCAGGUGGUCAUCAUGGUGGUGGUGGUGGUUGUUGCGGACCAAGUGAUAGUUACGGUGCACCUCCAGCCAGCAGUUAUGGUGCCCCAUCAGGAGGAGGAGGUUACGGCGGAGGCGGAUGGGGCCGCAGCUUCAACAAGCGACCGAUGACAUUAUUAUACGAUGGCGUGAUCAAGACGCAGGAAGGUUCUAAUCGCACUCUGAUGGUAGGAGAAGCCACCUCGAAGACGGACAAUCUCGAUUAUCAGGACUAUCAAGAACCGCCAAUCGCAAACUCAAAUUUCACGACUGCUCGUUGGAAUGCAACGAGCAAUCUUGCCUUUUACGAAUACGGAGACAACAAUGUAAAUGUUAAUUCCGUGAGAAAUGACUCGAAGCUAAAAUUGACGACGAAUGCAAAAGGUGAAGGCUUCGCGUUUAACGAGAAUUCGUCUAACGCCAAAACCGACGUUGGCGAUGAGAAAAAUGUUGAUUUGAUGGCAAGCACAAAUCAAUUUGAUUCAACUGAGGAUGCAAAUUCGGCGUACAUGGAUGAGUGGCAAGCUAUGGCCGAAAAAAUAAAUCCCAGCGACGUUUCGUCGUCGAAUCCGCACGCGAGAGUCGAAUUGCGACGAACCGAAUCGCGCUCUAGGGAUGUGCCCCUCUUGCGUGGAAUUUAGAUCAUUUAUUGUUAAUUUUUUAAAUCACCUUGCGUAUUAUUUAUUGUUAGAUAAGGAGGCUUGCAGCUAUUGCGCAAAGAAUUUUAUUGGUCUCGCAUUGUUCCUAGCAUUCUCUCUAAAACAUUUAAUUUAAGAUGGCAAUUAGAUCAUGGAUCAUCGCAAGCUGAUGUUGCGUUUGAAAAUAGAU